AGGUGAUCCAAAAAGAAAAAGUUAGAUCUCUGAGAAGAACUAGCUUUUUUUAUCUGUGCCUUAUGAUCUAUUCUCAAGGUGAAACCCAAACCAACAAUCUUAAGUACAUUUUCAGUUGCAAGAGAUCACUCCAAAAGAACCAAUUAACUUCAUUUGCUAGUAAAAACAUGAAUCAUCAGCUGCUGCAGGUAGUUGCACUGCUGACACUCAUAGCAUUUGGAGGCACAAGUUGGACCAUAGGAGCCUGCAGCCCCAUUGACCUGGAAGCUUUGAUGAGCUUCAAGAAUGGAAUUCAAAAGGACACAUCUGGUCGCUUAGCUAAGUGGAUUGGUGCGAGCUGCUGCAAGUGGGAAGGUAUUAUCUGUGAAAAUGCAACCUCUAGAGUGAUACAGAUCAAUCUCCCAGGAUUUAUUUCCACAGAUACAGAUUUAUUUCAAACACAAAUGAUAGGGCGGAUUUCUCCUUCCAUAACACUCCUCACCUCCCUUGAAAUCAUUGAUCUUGGUGGUUUAGUUGGUCUUAGUGGAGCUAUUCCAAACACCAUUGGUUUGCAGCUGCCAAAGCUCCAAAAGCUCUACCUUUAUGGCAACAAUUUAACUGGUCCAAUACCAGAAAGCAUUGGACAGUUUCCAAACCUCCAAGACCUAGCUCUGCAGGAAAAUAAGCUAUGGGGGUCUAUUCCUAUGAGCCUUGGAAGCCUUAAAAGUCUCAAAAGGUUGCUGCUUUAUUCAAAUAAAUUAUCAGGUAUAAUACCAUACUCACUUGGGAAUUUGAUAAAUUUGGCAGAAUUAGAUGCUCAUGACAAUGCUCUUGUGGGUAAUAUACCCAAUAGUGUUGGUGAGAUGAAGGCUUUGACAAAGCUUGAUCUUUCAAACAAUUUGCUACGCGGGAAGAUGCCUUCUUCAUUAACCAAUUUAACUGCCAUUUCAGUUUUGUAUCUGAACACCAAUUCUCUUGAGGGAACCAUAGCAUUUCCUUCAAGAUCUGGUGAAAUGUCUUCUCUCGGCUUCUUAAGACUCCAUAACAAUCUCCUUGUUGGAAAUAUACCUUCCAAUAUUGGUUAUUUGGUAUCUCUUCAAAGACUUUCACUAUCAAACAACAAACUUGAAGGAGUACUGCCGUCUAGUUUAGGAAAUUUGGUAUCACUGACUGAGUUAUAUCUCAGUGGUAACUUCUUGUCCGAUCAAAUACCAAAAUCACUAGGCCAACUUUCUCGGCUCAUAAUGUUGAACAUCUCUAGAAAUUUGAUUGAAGGACCAUUACCUCAGGAGUUAUCUUCCCUUCAAAAUCUUCAAACACUUGAUCUUUCUUUCAACCAUCUGACACUCUCUUCCAUUCCAAAAUGGAUGGCAAACAUGUCAUCACUUUCCAACAUUUACUUGGCUGGUUGUGGAAUCCAGGGCCAAAUUCCAGAUUUUUUCCAAACAACAAAUAGUCCAAUACAGGAACUGGACUUGUCAGUAAACAUUCUCAGUGGAAGCAUACCAUCAUGGAUAGGACGCCUCAGUCAACUCUACUUGUUAAAUCUCUCUAGGAACUCUCUUUAUUCAGACAUCCCUGAUUCCUUUAGAAAUUUGCAAGAUCUUGGUGUCCUUGAUCUUCACUCAAAUAGACUAACAGGUUCCAUAGCUCCAGUAUUUGAUAUAGAACAAGGUAUUUUCGGGGGUUCACUGAAAUUUGUCGAUCUUUCAGAAAACAGCUUCUCAAGUGGUAUUGAGGAAAUUUCUGGAGGGCAACAUAGUAUUCAGUUUCUGAAUUUGUCUCAUAACCAUCUGGAAGGUAGGUUACCAAAUUCAAUUGGGAGAUUGAAUUCACUUAAGAGUUUGGAUUUGAGCUUCAACGAAUUAGGCUCCAACAUGCCAGAAGUGCUGGCAAAUUUAACUUCAUUGGAGAUAUUGAAGCUACAGGAAAAUCACUUCACCGGUAAAAUUCCAAACGGAUUUCUCAAGUUGUUGAAGCUAAAGGAAUUAAACGUAUCUAACAAUCAUCUUGAAGGGGAAAUUCCAGAGGGCAAACCUUUGAUUGACUUUCCUGAGAGUUCAUAUUCUGGAAAUAAAGGGUUAUGUGGAAAGCCUCUCGGUCCUUGUAAACUUUGAAAAUUGUCAAGUGUAAUGCUUACUUAAAGCUAUUCUCGCCAUCAUUCAGAAACAUGAUUUUCAGCUUGAUACACAACCAGAAAACUGAGCAUUCACAUAUUUCACCAGGAAAGGGAUAGAUAUAUCUCUUAUUUCAUUCAUUCUUUUUUUUUUUUAAUUUAGAAAUCGAAACUUAAGACAAGGAUUGGAUUUCUGUGACAGUUUAAGAUCCCGGAUUCACAAUAUAUUUAUUAGAGGAUCUCAUUCCUAGAA